AUGCUAAGAUCUACAAUUGAUAGAAGACUCCUCUCUACAGCAACUGCAAAUCAACUUAAGAAAACACCUCUCUAUGACUUACACACUAAACUGGGUGGGAAACUGGUUCCUUUUGCUGGUUACAUGAUGCCUUUAUUGUACCCAUCUAUUCAAAAUCACAUUGAUUCGCAUAAAUGGGUCCGUUCACAUGCAGGUUUAUUUGAUGUAUCUCAUAUGUUACAAAGUAAAGUGACGGGCAAAGAUGCUAUUCAUUUAUUGAAUCGUAUCACACCAACUGACUUCUCUAUGAUCAAACCGACAUUUGGUUCUUUAAGCGUACUUUUGAGAGAAGAUGGUGGUAUCCUAGAUGAUUUAAUGAUAUUCAAAAGACCAGUGCAUAAUGAAGAACAACAAAGUUUCUAUAUUGUUACUAAUGCAUCAAGAAUACAAGAAGAUUCGGAUUUCUUCUUACAAAAUGUUAAUGCUUUGAAAUCUAAGGGGUUAGAUGUAGAGUGGGAACCGAUUAAGAAUCAAGCUCUAUUGGCGUUGCAAGGUCCCAAAUCUCCCAAAGUCUUAGCUGCAUUGCUCUCUUCAGCAUCUGGUGCCUCCCAGGAUUUGAAUAAUUUGGUCUUUGGACAACGUAAAACUUUCGUUUUACCUUCCGGUAUACCAAUCAGUGUAUUGAGAGGCGGCUAUACUGGUGAGGAUGGUUUUGAAAUAGCUAUUGAAUCGGACAAAGCCAUCGAGUUUAGUGAACAGUUAUUGUCCUAUGAAUCUGCAGUGAAACCAAUUGGGUUGGCGGCAAGAGACAGCUUAAGGUUGGAGGCUGGGUUAUGUCUAUAUGGUAACGAGUUGAAUGAAAAGUUAACCCCUGUAGAAGGUAAUUUGAAAUGGCUAAUAUCCAAAAGUAGAAGGUUGGAUGAUAAUGUGGAGACAAGGUUUAAUGGGUACGAGAGAAUAAUGGAUCAAUUGAAUAACAAGAAUUAUUCACAAACCAGAAUUGGAUUCAGGUAUAAAUCUGAUGUGCCAGCACCAGCAGCAAGAUCCGGUUCUAGGUUAUUAGAUAAGGACACUUUAGAACCUAUUGGCAUUGUUACUUCAGGUAGUGUAUCUCCAAGUCUAUCAGAUGAAACUGUUAAGAGGGUUGUCAAUAUUGGACAGGGUUAUGUUAAUCUAGGCAUGCAUAAACCUGGCACUGAAGUGAUUGUAGAGGUUAGGAGGAAACUAUUCCCUGUUAUUAUCACUAAGAUGCCGUUUAUUUCCACACACUAUUACAGAGGUUGA